CUGGAGGCGGAAGCAAAGCUGCCAAAUUCAGACGGCAGGCGCGUCAACAUCGUCGACGAGAAGCUAUGCGAUGACAUACUCAGUUACAUCGGUCCAACGCUGAGGCGACACGAAGGCUGCGACCUUGUCGACAUCAACCCUGGCGCAGGCCUCUGGAGCCGCAAAUUAAACGAAUUCCUCAAGCCUCGCUCGCACCUCCUCAUGGAGCCAGACGAAACGCUCUACGGACCAUUUCUCGAACCGAUACUACAAAAGCCGGGAACAAAACUGCUGCCGAAAUCGGGUAUCGUCUGGAGGGAUCUCGGCGAGGCACUGCGACACAUCGAGAACCAGACACCACGCCCGAGAGGGCCCGACAUCACGCCCGAACGGAACGACACGCUGCUCGUCACGGCAAACCUGGCGUUCUUCCCCAAGAAGCCGUACGGCAAUUUCGACUCGGCGGCUCAGCUCGUCCUGUUCCAAUUGGUCAGCAGCAUCCGUCUGGGCCAGCUCUUUCAGAAAUACGGCCUCGUGCGGAUGCUCAUUUGGACGGGCGCCGACGACUGGCAAUCAUAUGUGUCCAGAAACCUACAAACGAGGAAAAAGGGAGCGCUCGAGGCCGAGGUCUCGUGCGAGUGGUUCGCCAACGUGGCCAGUCCUGAGCCCUCCGAGGGUGAUGUCUGGUACGUCCGAGACAAGUGGAUCGACAUCGACAGCACAAUCGCGACGCUGAAGCGCAUGGAAGAGCAAGGUCUCGAAUUGCCCGAGGCGCGCAGGAAGAAAAGCACAAAAGAGGCGGAGCCCUACAAGGACAGCGGAGAAACAUUCGCAGGACAAGAGGACGUCAACAUCGCGCGUCCGUUCUUAGAGGAGCUGGAAAAACUGGAGAAGCUGGUCACGGAAGGUACGUUGACUAGGAAAAGCGAUCGGAAGAGCUGGUCGCGGCUCCUUCUCCUCCGCGCCAGAAAGGCUUAUGGUCGACUGCCCGAUUCCACCAAGACGGUGCUGCACGACCUAGAGCGAAUUCGCGAAUUCCGACGCUCGCACCCCGAGUCCAAGAGUGAGAUCGACAAGAUGGAGUCGGAAUGGAACGAGAAAGUCGAUUCGCUCAAGAAGAACGAAAAAGGCGAGUUCAGAAUGGUGCGGGACAACAUGCACGUCUUCCACCAAAGCCCGCCGGUGAUGCUCUGGGACAGACGACCGUACGAGCCGAUCAACGUCGACCCGAAAGAGUUCUUCCCGAACGUGGGGUGCGCGCUGCUCGACAUCCAGCCCAAGGCGAUGCACCGCCUGCAUAGGGAGAUCGGCCCCGGGUCGUCACGGGCGGGCGACAUGUUUGAGCUGCUUCAGCGGACCCUGAUGGCGUCGAGUAUGGAGCCCAUGAGCAAGGCGCUCGAUCGCAUCUGGCCCGGCGCGGCGGACGGGGUCCUCCCGAACUGCCCGAGUUUGCGGGACCCGGAGCAGGGCGGGACGGAGGGGUCAGGGCACGCCGAGUUGUGUCCGCGGGUGUUGAACGAGAAGCAGUGGACGGAGAUUUUGGAGGCGUUUAUGGCAUGGCCGUUCCAUCCCUCGUAUAUCGAGUUGAUCGCGCGGUUUGCGGACGAGAUUCCGGGCGAUACCAAUGACAGCGGCGCUGGCGGGAGCAGCUUCUCCGCGGACGCGGCGUUGAAUUUGUGA